GUGCACCUGCGCUCUGCUGAGCGCUUGCGGGAGCUGUGCUGCGCCAACCGAGGCACCUUCAUCAAGGUGGGACAGCACCUGGGAGCACUUGACUACCUGCUGCCCGAGGAGUACACCCGCACCCUCAAAGUGCUGCACAGCCAGGCCCCGCAGAGCACCCGGCAGGAGAUUGAGCAAGUCAUCCGCGAGGAUCUGGGCAAAGAGAUAAAAGAACUCUUUGUGAGUUUUGAGGACACUCCCUUGGGAGCAGCAUCGCUAGCUCAGGUGCACAAGGCAGUGCUGCAGGAUGGAAGAACUGUGGCAGUGAAAAUCCAGCACCCAAAGGUCCAAGCUCAGAGCUCCAAGGAUAUUUUGCUCAUGGAGGUUCUCCUCUUCAUUGUGAAGCAGAUCUUUCCAGAUUUUGAGUUCAUGUGGCUAGUGGAAGAAGCGAAGAAAAAUCUGCCCUUGGAGCUGGAUUUCCUUAAUGAAGGCAGAAAUGCUGAGAAGGUUGCUCAUAUGCUCAAGAACUUUGACUUCCUGAAGGUCCCCAGGAUCUACUGGGAACUGUCAACAAGGCGCGUCCUUCUCAUGGAGUUUAUGGAAGGGGGACAGGUGAAUGACAGGGCCUACAUGGAGAGGAAUGGCAUCAAUGUCAACGAG